CCGGCAAAAAAGGCUCGGAUCGGAAAGCUUUUUCCUCUGCUUCGACCUCCCGUCACUCUAGUCAAACCCAAGGAGGCCGGGGCGAGGAAGAAGUAUCCAUGAAAGAGGUCGCGGCCCAAUUAGUUACGGUAGUAGCCACGUUGACGGAGUUUGUUCAAGGUCUGCAACGACAACGCAUAGCCGCCGCACAACGGCAACACGCGGCUAUGGCUGCCGGAGCCCCUAUGAUAAGACCGACCGUGGUCGGGGCUGUCCCACCCCUACGCUGUUAUAAUUGUAAUCAGCCACGCCACCUUGCAAAAGAUUGUCCGAAACCUCGAACUCAGGGCGGGCCCAUCGGACCUUCCAAAAUCUUGCUGGCUGCUCCCACCGCUGCAGGACAGGGGAGGGUAGCCACGAUAAUGGACACAGGAACGACGGAGAUGGUGACCCCUGCAGCCACUGAGAUAGGACCCGAUGAGUAUAUGGCCGCAGCGAUGUUCGAACCCGGGACCAUCGGAGUGAUACGACACGUCCAACGGAUUACCGAGGAAAGCGACCUCGGACCGUGGCGACCAGGAUUCGAAGAUCUUGCGGUGCCUGUGGCCUUGGACAAAAGCGAGUUCUUCUUGUCGGAGAUCUCAUUCUUGGGGUACAUCGUCACGGUCGAUGAACUAAAACCGGAUCCGAGGAAGGUGGCAGCAAUUCAAGAAGCCCCGACGCCGGUCACACUCACCCAGGUUUGGACUUUUCUAGGGCUGGCAUCCUAUUACCAACGCUUCAUCAAGGGGUUCGCCGGUGUAGCGAAGCCCCCCACGAACCUGCUGAAGAAAGAGGAGCAGCUGAUCUGGACGCCGGAAUGCGAAGCGGCAUUUCAGGCGUUGAAGGAGGCUCUGGCAUCUGCUCCUGUGUUGGCGCGUCCCGACCCGACAAGACCGUUCGCAUUGUACACCGACUGGCAGCCGCAGGCGAUAUCGGCGGUGCUGACUCAGCACGGGGUGGACGGAAGGGAACACGUCAUUGAGUAUGCGUCCAAGACGCUGAGCCAGGCGCAGGCUAAUUACGAAGCAUGCAAAGGCGAAUGCCUGGCGGUGGUGUGGGGGAUUCAGCAUUUCCGACCGUAUCUGUACGGCCAGAAAUUCGUGCUGGUAACGGGUCAUCAGCCGUUGAUGUCCCUACGCAACAACACAGACUACACGGGGACGCUGGGAAGGUGGGCGGUGCGUCUGCAGGACUAUGACUUCGACAUCCGCCACCGUCCCACGCGGCAGCAUGGCAACGCUGAUGGAUUGGCGCGCCUCCUGCCGCCCAACAAGUGUCCCGCCAACGAGCGACUCAUUCCGUGGAGGCCUGAAGCGGCGACUACGAAACCGCACUACGGGGAGCUACACGUGCUGCGGAGCAGGAUGAACCAUCGCCAGCCAGAGCAUGAAACCCUCGAGCAUUUCCAGACGCCGCUUGCAGAUCGCUUUUUGCGGCAUCGGUUCAAUGAGGAAAGACAGCUGCGGUACGACAUUCAGCAGGUGAACGUGCCAGCGCCCGGGAUUGCUGAUUUGGCGGCGUACUCAUUGCUUUGCGAGCGGCUGACGUAUGUGGGGGUGUACGUGGACGUGAUGCAGUUGCUUGGCCGGGAGACGACUGGACUCACGGAGGGCCCUUAUCCUAUGCGCGAGUUCUCGGAAUACUUGGUGGAGCUAACUGACGCGGAGCCGCUGCCCUUCGCAGACGAAGACGUGUGGGAGUUGCACCGGGCGCUGUACAAGUCGAUGGCGUUGGGGAUGUUCCGAUUCUUCGUGGAUCACGAAGACCAGUGCAUCGGGGAGCACUUCGUCGUCUACUACGUCAUCACACGGCCCAAGCAAGCAGAGAAGGAGGGAACGGUGGCGCUGUACCCAUUCGCCCAGCUCCAGACGAUCGAUUCGGGAUUGUUGGAGCUCAUACACCUUGAGCUCCUCUCCAUUGUGCAGGUGAUCGCGAGCGAGGAGGAGGAGAUCCAACCCCGAUUGCGGGCAGCGACGGCCCCACGGAGAACGUACAACGCAGUCGUCAUCUCGGAUUACAUAGCGCACCGCUUGGAGAGGUUGGAGGACUUCCCGGAGGAAAGGCCGUUGCGGCCUCCCUCGUCGUAUCCCCAACCGUCGCCACCGAAGGCCCCCAAGAAGACGCCGAAGAGGAAGAGACGCCACCCAUCGCCAGGGGCGCAAGGCAGCAGGAUCGGCGGCGGCGAGGAGGUGAUUCAGUCCGCACGUCCGCGGAACCCGGACCCCGUGCCUGGGAGUGCGGCGACUCUUGUUAAGGAGGUUGUCGUGCCAUCGCCGCCCUUUCCGCGUGUGCCCGAUCUCAAUCUUGAUGGAGUCGGGCCGUCAUCAUCAGCAGCAGCCGGAGGAGGAAGCCGAAUGGGAUUAUCGGAUCCCAUAUCCAGCCCCCGUCCCAAUGCGAUGUACCACCUCCUUGUCUCCGCGGCGCAGAAGCGGGAGCGGCGGCCUUACACCAAGACUCAUGUGGUGAUGACGGGUCUAGGGCCCCGAUCGGUGCGCAAGCGGGUGGUGCGAGCGGUGGCGGAUCUGGCGCCACGUGUCCUGUCUCAUGUGUCGGGGGCUUUCCUUUACCCCUCGUUCGUCCAGCAUCACUUCCAUGAGGAAGAUGAGCCGACGACUCCCGUGGCAAUGGCCUCUUUUCUUCCACCUAUUCCGCCCCCUCUCAAUCCCGACAUAGAUCACUUCCUCUGAUCACCCUCGUCUACCUCUCCCCUGUUCUCACCUUCUCCUUCUCUUCAUUUUCUUCUUCUUCUCCUAUCUCCAAAGUUCGCGCGUUGAGACACGC